AUGUCCGAGGCACGCUACUCCGGCCCCUCCCAGACACCACCCCCUGUCCAACACCCCAAUCCUUCCUACUACUAUCCUCAUCCUUCUCAAUGGCCACCUCUCACAUAUGCUCCUGCUCAUUCGCCUCCACCUUCGUCCUAUAGUCCAUCUGGAAGCUACGCAUAUGGCCACUAUCCUCAACAGUACUAUCCACCCCCUUCCACUCUGCAUACAACACCCUACCCUUCGACUUCCACUGAACUCACAGCUACAGUCACUGCUCCAUCUGCUCCCACAACUACUGCUUUGGCAGGACGUAAGCGAAAGCAGACAUCUUCUGGAGGCUCGGGAAACAAACGCCGUCGGACUGCUAACUCGGAGAAUGUAUCUCCAACCGCCUCUUCCUCGUCUUCUUCAAUUCCAGUUGCUCCCAUUCCUGCUAUACCCGGCCUUGGUCCUGUCGCUUCUAUCGAGGGACCACAGUCUGCUACGCCGCCUCCAUCACCGAUCAUCCCUAUAUAUGGCAGCCUUGUUACUCAAACCAAGAUCAAGUGUUCCAAGACACAAAUGGCUACUGAUGUGUGGCCGUUUAUUAUUCCGCUUCAGUCACGGCAACCUCCAACAUCCAUUCCCGAGCUUACCGACACUUUCCCUCUCAAAUGCCCCAAAAAGGCGGAGGCUCAAUUCCUUGGUUGUCGGUUUUGCCCCCUCGCCGAAAUGUCCAUUUGGGCCAAUACCCAUGGUCAGACGGAGUGUAUCCGCAACCAUUUGAAGUCCAAGCAUGACUUCCUUUGGCGGGAGUUUGUGAUUGCGAAGAAGCUCAAGGGGUGGGAGAAACUAUUUCAGGAGCAGGUAGAGCAUGCUGCACGGGAGAAGAAGUACCCACCAGGGUCAUUUACGAUUCCGGGUUUCCUGGAGCGCUUAACGCGCUGGACUGCAGUCAAUGAUCAGGCUAUGAAUAGUAUUGAAUGCCCCGAGCUACGUGACUUGCUACUUUACGUGGGCUGUGGUGUCAAUCUCGAGCCUUCCAUGAUUCCCCACCGCACAAAGCUCACGGAUUUACUGUUAAAACGAUUUGAAGAAGAGUGCUACAAGAUUAAGCAGGAGAUCCAGAAUGCCAAGGGUCGCAUUUCACUUACUUCAGACAUUUGGAGCUCGAGUGACCUCACCAGCUAUAUGGCAGUUACAGCUCAUUACAUGGUGGAGCCGGUUGACCGCCCUGGCCAUCUGGAGCUGAAAACUCGGCUCAUCGCUUUCCGACAUGUCCAUGGAAAGCACGAUGGAUCACAUUUGGCAAAGGCCUUUGUCGGAAUUCUUGAUGAGUGGGGUAUUGAUAGAAAGCUCUGCACGAUAACACUCGAUAAUGCGUCAAAUUGUAAUACCAUGAUGCAAGAGGUUGCUGUUAUUCUCAGAGGCAGAGGGAUAGCAUUCUCAGCCGAAGAGAACCGUAUCCGCUGCUUCCCUCAUGUCGUCAAUUUAUGUGUCAAGGCGGGACUUAAACGACUCACUUCCAUUCCCAUGGAUGGCGUCUACACCCCAGUCGUACCCGGGUCCGAUCCCUUCAUUAAUCAACUUGUCAACGACGACGAGUAUUACGAUAUUGAAGUUCUCGACGACCCUGUUCUUGCUGCUCGUCGGCUUGCAAAUGCGCUACGUGCAUCGGGGCAGCGACGAGAGGCUCUGGCAAAAGUCAUCAAGGAGGGUUAUGACAGUGGUAAAUGGACUCCUGAAGAGGUGCCCAACCUCGUACCUCUCAAGGACAUGGAGGUACGCUGGUCAUCGACCUAUUUGAUGAUUGACCGUAUCCUUCAGCUUUGGCCGGCCAUCAAGGUCCUUCUCUCGAUGGAGGAGUGGGAGGAUCUCGCCCACCUCGCGCUUUCCGAUCAGCAAGUUCACGCACUCGUUCAAAUCCGCCAGUUCCUCGAGAUCCCGCAUACUGUGCAGGAAUCUCUCUCAGCAGAGAAGACCCCAACCCUCCCUGUCGCCUUGCCUGCUUAUGAGGACCUUCUUUCGGUUCUGAAGCAAUUCAAGCGCCUAUUCCCUGAUCUCCGGGAAGGUGUUCAAGCUUCCAUUGACAAACUCGACGAAUAUUUCGCAAAAAGUCGAAAGACUCCGAUUUAUACUGCGUCAAUGAUAAUCCAUCCCACAAUCAAGUUGGAAUGGUUGGAGAAGAACUGGGGCUCGGAGGAAGCCUCAGGCGCACAGGAACGCUUCGUAAACUCGAUGCUCGAGUAUCGACGUCAGAUGCGCAGCAACGGAUCCAAAGUCGGCGCAUGCACGCCGACCAACCCAGGGACCCGUUUGGUCAACGUCCCCAGCGCUUCGCAUGCCGCCCGUGCCCAGAACCACUUCCGAGCACGACUUCAAGACUUGAAGCGCCAACUAUCCAGGUCCGAGGGCAGCUUUACGUCGUCGUCGUCGGCUGGUGCCUCUGAUGAUGACCAUGACGAUGUGGAGCAGACUGAGGAGGAGAAACGAGCGCUUCAGGAAGCAGAAGAUAGGCGGGCUGUAGAGGAAGAGCUCAAGGCUUACCUGGAAGAGCCUGGUCCUAUUGGUGAUGAAGCCAUCGCAAAUUUCGACUUGGUGGCUUACUGGCAGAGUAAACGCUACAUCUUCCCAACGAUCUACCGCGUCGCUUUGGACAUUAUGUCCUCCCAGGCUUCUGCAGUCCCAUGCGAGCGGGUUUUCUCCUCUGGUAAGGAGACAGACACCAUGCGACGUGCUGGCCUCUCUCCUGCGAUGAUGGAAGUCCUUCAAAUACUCAAGUUCAACCUCAAGUCGGAGAGAAUGUCCUUUGAGGACCAAUGGGUAACGAGGGAGGAGGAACUCCGGGUUAUUGACAUUGACCCCGAUGUCCUGGUGGAAUUACUUGCUGAACGCGACUUCGAUGAGCUCACGCGUCUUAUAUCCGUCUCGUAUGGCAUCCCUGGAGCAUAAUUAAAGAUUCCAUGUAUUGUAGUAUGUCAAAUAUCUUCGUUUACCGCCCUUGCUACCAAGAAAUUCGCGCUGCACCCAGCCUC